UGGCUUGCUUCAUCUCCCUUGAAUUCCGAUUUCCCUUCCAACAAUGACCUCCGCCUCUGACAGCAGCGACGACUCCACCCGUCCCCCAAGCCCCUGGCCUCCAAGCACUUCCCUCCUCAAGCACAUCGCCUAUGCCGGUGCUCUCGACGAGCUCCCCAACGCACCCUCCAUCAGUCAGCAAAUUGCCUCGCAAGGCCGCAGCCCCUCCGUCUACCCUCGCCACCGCAAUGAUUCCGACCCAGAAGACCGCACGCGCAAGCCCUUCCUCUACCUGCUAUACCAGACAGGGAUGCACGGUCCGCAAAACGGGUUCCGCCUGCUGGUGGGGGAAGCAGGCAUAUGUCCCGCCACCGCGGAAAAGGCACUCCUAGAGCGCGGCGAGAUUACACGGGAAACGCACGAGCUCGUCUACCUGGAGUCAGGUAGAGACAUCGAGGUCGUGCCGAACGUAGAGAACGGGGAGUCCGGCUGCGGACUAGCCACCUUCAAGAUCAUCGAUAUCUUGACGCACUCUGAGGCCAUCGCCGCCGUCCCGCUGACAGAGGGAGCUGUGAGUCGCAAGAUACGGCAAGAGGCCUGCUACCCGCGCUCGGUGGGCAAGAAGCCAGGCCCACUGAGCACAGCGCCCUUCGCUGGCACCGGCUUAUUGCUUCGCCUAGUCGAUGAAGGAUCGGAAAAGGUCCGCGGCGCUCUGCUCGUCAAGGAGGGUACUGGUCCAGAACAGAUCGAGAGGUUCGCCCUGCAUACGAUGAAGGAAAGAACGGGGCCGCGUUUGGUGGUAUGUGAGGGAGGCAAGAGCUGGAUAUAUGAUGGACGUACGGAUGCACCAGUCGAGGUGAGUUGAUGUGAGACUGGUUUCCGACAUUGGUCCAGAUAAUCGCUGACAGUGGUGAAAGCACGACUCCGAAAUCGAUGGGGUCACCGAGUGCGUGGCAUAAGCGGAUGGGUUGUAACAGUUUGCGUCCAUGCAGAUCACUCGAAGUAUAGAGGUCGGCCCUCAUGCAUAGGGAUAGAUAGCAC